CCCUAUAAAACAACAACCACUACAGUCUACAAUCUCAGUGAGACUACUUAAAAAAAGAAUGUCUGAUCCCAUCAUCCUCCUUCUCUUCCUCGUCCUCCUGAGCUCCGCCGAGGGCGCUCCCCUCCGGCAGAGCUUCUACUCGGAGAGUUGCCCGGGCGCUGAAACGACGGUGCGCGACGUCGUUCGCAGGGCCAUGGCGAGAGAAGCUAGGGCUGCGGCCUCCGUGAUGCGAUUGCAGUUCCACGAUUGCUUCGUUAAUGGCUGUGAUGGAUCGGUGCUGUUGGAUGAGACGCCGGAAAUGGCGGGGGAGAAGGCGGCGCUGUCGAACAUAAACUCGUUGAGAUCGUUUGAAGUUGUCGACGAGAUUAAGGAUGCGCUGGAGAUGUCUUGUCCUGGGAUUGUGUCUUGUGCUGAUAUUCUCAUCAUGGCUGCCAGAGAUGCUGUUUUCUUGAGUGGUGGGCCAAAAUGGGAGGUGAAGCUAGGAAGGGAAGACAGCUUAACAGCAAGCCAAGAAGAUUCGAAUGGUAUAAUGCCAAGUCCAAGGACAAAUGCAACCUCCCUCAUAGCUCUUUUCACCAAAUUCAAUCUCUCUGUGCAAGAUUUGGUGGCCCUUUCUGGAACCCACUCCAUUGGCCAAGGAAGGUGCUUUUCUAUAGUCUUCAGGCUCUACAACCAGUCGGGGUCGGGCCUGCCCGACCCCGCCAUGGACCCCCAAUACUGGGCUGAGCUCAGCCGGCUCUGUCCGCUGGGGGGAGAUGAGGAAGUCACUGGAGGCUUGGAUGCGACGCCUCAGAGAUUCGACAACCAGUAUUUCAAGGACCUCGUCCGGGGAAGAGGGUUUCUGAAUUCGGAUCAGACACUGACAUCGUUGCCUGAGACGAGGAAGUAUGUCGAAAUCUUCAGCAAGAAUGAGAAGAGGUUUUUCGAGGCGUUGGUGGAAGGGAUGAUUAAGUUGGGAGACUUGCAGAGUGGGAAGCCUGGAGAGAUUAGGAGGAACUGCAGGGUUGUUAAUGGCUUUUCUGAUGAUCAAUUAGUGAAAACAAAAUGAGAUUUAUAAAUAAACAUUGUUUUUGGAAUUGAAUUAUAAAUAAAAAAAUCUUGUUUAAGAA